UCGAAUGAGCCCCUCCCGGACUUCAUUCAGAGAAUGCAGGACUAUACAGCCSCACUCACCCAGGUCAAGGAACAGCAAGAGGCUGCCGCGGCCGAAAGACUACRGCUAGCARAGGAAGCUGCAGCACAAACCCGGCGUCAAGCCGAGGCAGACCAGUUGGCGAUCGAUCAGCUCAACGCCGGCAGCGCUGAAGUUGUAAGUGCUAACCAAGCACAAUGGACAGCGGUGCUCAACGGGAUGCGUUAUGUCCCGGCACCCGGCAGCGAGCCGACAACAGAACAGCAAGAGAGGCACGACCUGGCAGAUAUUCUACUCCAUACAAUGCGCGCCGUCAUUUGGAACAGCUCCAUGGAGGAGCUGCAUUCCCGGUCCACACUGCAGCUGCAGCACGAUCUGAGCCACAACGUGAAGAUACUGGCAGCAGCUGUCAAGGUCGCGGACAACCAGUUGAAACAGCUGGAUGCACGCAUUGCUACCUUGGAGGCAAGGCCUCCCCAAGCAGCGCCAGGCUGCACGCCAGAUAUGACAGACACAACGAAGCAGCUUAAUGGGCGCAUCGAUCAUGUCGUCAAUCUCAUCGGCGACAUAGGUGUUUUCAAUGGGCCGGCCACGAUCAGUAGCACGGUGGCCGCCAUCAAGACGGACAUCACCAAGCUGCAGACGAAACCGGACGCCACUACGAAGAACUACAAGAUGCCGCACUUCGACAUCAGCAAGUUCGACGACCACAACAASACGGACGCUUUGGCAUGGUGGCAACGUUUCCUCACGGAAGCAUCAUGCCGCACUGUCCCGGACGACUAUCUGAUGAAGGCGUUAUACUUACAGCUGAUUGGAGGAGCGCAGGCAUGGAUGAACCAUCUGGCGGCUACCCACACAUGCACCAUCGCCGAACUUCACACGCACAUCAUGUGGAAGGAGUUCGAGCAGCUAUGGUUCACCCGUUUCAUGGUCCGCAACGUCGUGAAGGCGGACAUGAACGAGGUGUACACCUGCUCUCAAGGAAGUAUGCCAACUCGAGACUGGACAACCAAGUGGCAGAAGAUAGUGACCACGCCAGGCUUCGAUUUGACUUUUCCUAAUCAACGAUCCGAGUUCUUCUCGCGAUCGUGCGCAGGAUUGCGGUCGGCACUCGGUAACGAGUACGACUAUACCUCGUUCCAGGCUAUCCUGGAUCGCGCAAACCUGGUCAUCCAAACGGACGACAAGGCCGCUAACGAGAAACAAUCCCACCCGCAUUAUGUGGCUAAGCAUGGCUAUCAACGUCCGGCACAUAACAAUGCCGUGAUUUCUGAAGAAACAGACGAUCUCCACGCUGCAGCAGCAUCCUCGAGUGAUGGAGGAAUUGUAGCAGCGCUCCCGCCGAAGCAUCCUAAGAGGGUCCGGAAACCCAAGGUGACACAAGAGACGGCAUCGACGGGAACUGGGCAGCAGCCAUGGAUGGCCUACAACAUCACCAAGGAAGUCUAUGAACUUCGUCAAAACGUCCUCAUCUACCUUGAUGACAUCUUGGUUUACAGAAGGACGUUGGACGAGCACAUCGUACACCUUCGCGUUGUUCUGGAUCGUUUGCAACUAGCCAAGUACAAAGCGAAUCUCGACAAGUGCGAAUUCGCCAAGCAAGAGCUUGAGUACUUGGGUCAUUUUGUCACGCCGAAAGGCAUUCGUCCCUUAGCGGACAAGAUCCAAGCCAUCGUGGAUUGGCCGGAACCCCGUUGCACGACGGAUGUACGCUCUUUCAUGGGAUUGGCUGGAUACUAUCGGCGAUUCGUCGAGUCAUACUCGAAAGUGGCUGCUCCUUUGUCGAGACUUCAAUCCCCGACGGUGCCCUUCGAGUUCGACGACGCAGCCCGUGGCGCGUUCACUACGUUGAAGGCAGCAAUGCAAGCCGCACGUGCCCUCCGUAUAUAUGACCCCACCCUUCCCACCCAAGUGACUACGGACGCUUCGGGAUACGGUAUUGGUGCGGUGUUGGAACAGUGUCACGAGGACGGUUGGCAUCCGGUCGAGUACUUCUCCCAAGAGGUGCCUCUCGUAAACACUCUCGACGACGCUAGGAAGAAAGAGCUACUCGCGUUCGUCACCGUUCUCAAACGGUGGCGCCACUUUCUUCUCGGUCGUCAGCGUUUUAAAUGGAAUACAGACAACAAUCCGUUGACCUUUUACAAAACGCAGGAUACGGUCACUAGCACGAUCGGUCGAUGGAUGUAUUACAUUGACCAAUUCAACUUUGACCCGUGCCACAUUCCCGGUCCCGCCAAUCGAGCUGCGGACGGCCUCUCACGACGGCCCGACUUUUGUGCCAUUGUGACCACGGCAUUCGACCUCGGUGACGAUCUGCAGCCGCAUUUCGUCAAAGGCUACAAGUCCGAUCCGACUUACUCUACUCUUUACGCGGAGCUUCCAUCGGAUCACCCGCCGGCUAGCCACUAUCGGAUUUCCGACGGGUUCCUUCUCCUUCACACGAGAGGAAAGGACUCGCCCGAGCUCGCACGACUCUUGCACACCGGUUGGAUUACCAACCAGCGUGUUUCGGAAGACAUAGUGAGCGACCGAGAUACUCGCUUCAUGUCGGCCUUUUGGACUUCCCUCAUGGCUGAGUCCGGUGCGACAAUGAAGCCGAGCUCGGCUCGGCACCCGCAGACGGAUGGCCAGACGAAGCGAGCACACCAGACCGCUCAGAUGAUGUUGCGUACGCUCAUCCGUCCCGACCAGAAAGAUUGGGUUGACCGGCUUCCCGACAUCGAGUUCGCCUACAACACUUCGGUGCACUCGGCGAUCUGCAUCACACCAUUCGAGUUACAUCAUGGUGGAGAGAAAGCACGGAUCUUCGCUGAUCUCCUUUUGCCACAGGCUGCCGACAUAGACGUCCCUUGCUCUACCGCUUCCGUUCGGAAGUACCGGGACUUGCUGAUCAAAGCCCGCGCAAAUAUGCAAAAGGCUCAGAUCCGCAUGCAGCAGCAGGCUAACCGACGUCGACUUCCAUGUCCUUUCCGUGAGGGAGACCUUGUUUGGGUCCUCUCCGAGGAAUUUGCGCUCGAGCAGGCGUUUCGCACCAACUCCUUCCGAAAUGGUUCGGACCAUGGGAAGUCACUUCUGCCGUUGGAGACGACCCCGCAGGCCCGGACAUUGGAGGAGUUUGUACAGUUGGUCUACAGCAGGUGGCAUGACUCUCAAGGGGCUCAGAAGAUCACUGACUCGCUGGCCAAUUUGGAAUCGAAGAGCUACCGGACAGUUCGCGAGCUUGUGCUCUCCAGUGCACUCAAGAGGUGGAUUGAAGUCAUAGAUAAGUAUGACUUCAAGCUCGACCCUCUAAAGAGAGAAUACAACAAGGUGGUUGAUGCACUAUCACGCAUGGCAGACUAUGUAGGCCCGCUAGUGACGGAGUUUGGGAUAGCUGACAAUGUAACUCGAUUUAUGGUGGAUGCCUACCGAGAGGACCCAAUCAUGACUGAGAUCAUGCGCUCAUUUGAGGCGAAAGAUAAGGCCACAUCAGACGAGUUUGUGUUCGUAGAUGGCUUGCUGUUCCUUCAGAAGGCUGGGAAUAAACGGUUAUGUAUUCCACCUACAGAGUCUUUGCGUAGUUUAUUUUUAGGUGAGUGCUACGACACAACCCGACAUUUCGAUUAUAAAAAGACAGCAGCAAAAUUAGUGCAGCGUUUUUGGUGGCCCACAAUGAUGGAUGAUGCAAAGAAAUAUGUAGAGACUUGCCAAGUUUGUCAACCGGACAAGCCACAGACGCAGGCACUGCUUGAGCUUAUCAAGCCUUUGCCAAUCCCUGCUGGUCCUGGUCAAAGUGUGUCCAUGGACUUCAUGGAUACUCUUGUAACCAGCAAGAGCGGUGAACGUCACAUCUUCGUCAUUGUGGACAGGUUUAGUAAGUAUGCCAGACUAAUCGCUAUGCCUAGGACUGACCACAUCAUCAAGUUGUUCAUGGACAACAGGGUACGUGAUUUCGAUCUGUCGAAGUCCAUCGUUAGUGACCGGGAUGGCAGAUUUACUAGCGAACUGUGGCAAACCACAGCCCAGCGGAUGGGCACCCAGCUGCAAAUAACAUCAGGGAAUCACCCUGAGUCAAAUGGCCAAGCGGAACAGAUGAACCGGGUAGUGCAACACCUGCUUCAGCAUUAUAUCAAGCCAAGCCAGGAUGACUGCGACGAGAAGUUACCUCUCAUCGCCAAUCUGUACAACAAUGUUGUGCACAACACUACUGACAUGACUCCCAACCAGUUACAUCUUGGUUGGAAGCCCAGAUCUACUUAUCACUUUCUUUUGCCCGAGAACCAGCCCACUGCAGCGCCAGGCAGCAUAGAAUGUGUUGUCACAUAUGAGCAGCUGCCGCAACAGGUUGUAGAGCAUACCAAGAAGGCUCAGGAUGCCAUGGUGGCAUCUGAGAAUAGGCACAGACGCCCAUCCUCCUUUCAGGUAGGGGACAGAGUAUGGGUUAAAUCAUCGAAACUGGGUCAGGAAUUGGGGAUAUCUAGGAAACUAAUGCCACAGUACUUCAGACCCUAGGAAGUUCUUGACAUAGUAGGAGAUCCACCAGAUGGUCGAUCAUAUGCCAUUCGCAUCCCUGGUCACCUCCGCACACACCCUAUUUUUCAUGCAUCCAAACUGGCACCUUUCGCAGAAACCAAUCUGUGUCCCUCCUGGCGAUCAAUGCUGGCCCCGGCCAUGGACGGACGUGUGGACAUUGAUGACAUUGUUGAGCACAAGCUGCUGCCUCUGCCCAAGACUCCAGGCAGGGGACGCCCUCCGCAACCGCAGAUGCAGUAUCGAGUGCAGUUCAGACAUCAUACUGAUCCUAAAGAAGACCGGUGGUUCACAAGAGAAGAGUUAAUGAAGACUGCUCCCCAUA